GUUGAUAGGCGAAAAGCUUGUCAAAUGAAAAUUUUAAUAACACAUGCCGAUUAUAAUAUAAUUUAACUUUCUCAUAAAUACUUUCAUAAAUAUGUCGCUUGUAACAAAUGUGCGUAUGCUUUUUAAAAGGGUAACGUUGUCUGACAUAAGAACUACCAGAAUAAUACGCUUUUAUUCAGAUCAGUCCAAUGAAUCUGCGGAUGAUCAACAGAACCCAAUCGAUCCUUUAAAAGAUCGAACGAAAAAAGUUCCUGUUGAAACUAGUAUAAGGUAUCUGCAAAGUAAAGCAUACAAGCAAACCUAUGGCGAUAACCCGGUCUGGUUUUUAUAUAGACGAAAUCAUAAAGGUGGUGUGGCGCCAAAGCAUACGAGAAGGUCUUGUGUACGCAAUGGAGUCAUAUCAACGGGCAAUCCCUGUCCAAUAUGUCGAGAUGAAUAUUUAAUCCUAGAACCCAGAAACACAAAAUUGCUGGAGCAAUUUAUAUCAGAAUACACAGGACAUAUAUUGGAUGCCUUUAAAACUGGACUUUGUCAAAAGAAACAUAAAGAGCUAUUAGUAGCUAUUGAAAAAGCUUGGGAUCAAGGAUAUUUAACAUAUGAUGUACCAUUUAGGGAAUAUGAUUAUUCUUUGUACAAUAAAAAUAUAAAUUAGAUAUUAUUUGUAACAAAUUAGUAGUUAAAUAAAGUAAUACACUGAG